AUGGGCAAGACUUUCGAACACGAAUCUGCACUACCCAAUUUACCUGUACCGAGUUUGGUCUCUACGGCAGAACACCUUCUGGCAGCACUCAAACCACUGAUUCCCGCGGAAGAGCACCAGAUAUUAUUGGAUCGAUCUAUUGAUUUUGUUACUUCCGGUUUGGUGCGCACAUUGCAGCAGUUUCUACUGGAAUCGAGCCAUUCGUCAGACGGUUCAAAUUACCUGGAUGCAGAAGGUAUAUCAGCAUCAACACCGGGAAUCUACGGCGAAUUACGAGGAAACACUUUGCCAAGGAACCCGUUUUUUAUUCUUGAAGAUGACCCUCUCUCGAAAACAGCACUGCCUCCAUCGCAGGCUUCACGGGCGGCUGUAUUGGUGACGUCUGCACUGAGGUUCAUAUGUGCUCUGCGGUUGGAGCAGAUAUCGCCAGAUGUGACCCCGAAGAGUGGAAAGCCACUUUCAAUGAACUCCUAUAAGAACCUAUUUGGAACAUCGCGGGUGCCCAUUGAUUUGGAAGGAAGACAGACGGGUGUGACCAUCACAUCUCCAAAGAGCCUUGAUGAUAGUAGACACAUUGUGGUUCUAUCGCAUUCACAGUUCUACGUUCUGGAAGUGUUGACCGAAUUCACGGAACAAGGCCACAUGGUGUGGUUCUCUAAACAUGAGUUGAGGGUUUUGCUGGAGACUAUAAUCGAAGAUUCGGAAAGAAGCGAUGUGGUUGAUGCCACCAAGCAGUCGAUUGGUUGUUUCACCACCGAGAGUAAGGGUGUUUGGAAAUUGGCCCGAAGAUGGCUGAAAGCAGAAAAUGAAGAGACUCUGGACCUUAUUGACAACGCACUGUUUGUUUUGUGUCUGGAUCACGAGUCCCCGGAGACGGACGUUGAAAAGGUCCAGACUGUUUCCCAUGGCACUUCCAAGUUGAACGACGACGGUGUUCAAGUUGGAACUUGCACCUCCAGAUGGUACGACAAGCUGCAGAUUGUGGUUACCAAGAACUCCGUGGCUGGUGUAAUCUGGGAGUCCACGUCCAUGGAUGGAACAUCAGUGCUGAGGUUCAUCAGUGAUGUCUACACGGAUUCGGUACUACGUUUGGCAAGAAAGAUCAACGGUUUGGAUUAUACUCUUUGGCCAAAGGGUGAGACCGUGAAGAUAAAUGAUCAGAUUGAAAAACCCAAUAUUCGCAAAUUGGCGUUCAAUCUUUCAGCUGAAAUGCGCACUGGCCUGCAUCUGGCCGAGACCAGACUCACGGAUCUGAUCAACCAGCACAAUUAUGUCACUCACAUCAUUCCCGACUUCGGCACAGAUUUAAUCGUCAACAAGAUGCGGCUUUCUGCGGACUCCUUGUUCCAGAUUUGCGUCCAGCUCACGCUUUAUGCGCUCUACGGCAGGAUCCCCUCGUCCAGUGAACCUAUCUCCACGAGGAAGUUCAGGAACGCCCGAACGGAAACCAUUACCAUCCAAAGCGACCACGUGUUGAGAUGUUGUCAGGAGUUCAUAACGCAAACUUCUAGUCAUCAGAAAUGGAACUCAAUUACCGAUGCUUGCGCCGAGCAUAAACGAAAAGUGAGCGCUGCCUUGAACGGGAAAGGGUUUGAAAGACAUCUGAGUGCUCUGAGAUCGGCCUAUAUUCAAAGAGAGUUGCUGUACAAGCUUCAUCCUGACGUCGAAAGACAUUCCGCCGAGGAGGUGCCACCAUUGAUAUUCGAGCCUGCUAUUGAUCUGCUGUACAAACCUGAAUUGCUCAUUGCGAACUGUGGAAAUCCAGCCUUGCACCUCUUUGGAGUCACACCCGCUGUCCCCAGUGGGUUUGGAGUUGGAUAUAUCAUCAAGGAUGACCAUAUCACAGUGUGUGCCUCUUCUCAAUGGAGACAAACAGAUAGGUUUCUAAGUACACUGGGAUUGGUGGUGGAGGAGGUGAAGACUUGUUGGCGUGCUAGCGUUCCUAUGGAACGCACUGGUUCAAGAGCAAGGGAAUUGGAGGUUAACUCGGUAAGGAAUUUGACACUUGAUAAUCCUAUUCUUGGUUCCGUUCCAGAAGCGUUGGUAUCUGCUAAUACCAGUUCUGCUGAGCCCAAACCGUAUAAGGCAAUGGAUACCAGUUCCGAUUACAUCCUAGGUGGCUAUGACUAUUUCGAUGUUGGUGACUUGGAGUCCCGCUCGGAUCUCGUGACACGGGCCUCUAACUCGAGACUUGUUUCGAGGUCUGGAUCGAGACAAUUGUCCAGGGUUGGUAGUGCCUCCAAUCUGAAAGACAGUGACGAUGGAAAGAUCAACAGCAUGUGGCUGGGCCGGAAGGUGGUUAUUCAAGACGAGAUUUGA